UAAAAAGUUGUAAUUUGCUUUUUUUCGACAGAUUUUUUGAAGAAAUUUUAAUUUCACAGCAUAACUGCUGAAAUGGAUCUUUUAAUAACGGCAGAUCCUCAUUUUAUCCCAGGAUAUUCCGGUUAUUGUCCGCAGUACCGAUUCAAUUGCGGUGAAACGUACGCAAAAGCCACGCAUAAACUGCUGCUCGAUCCUACAAUUAAUCAUGCGAAAAUACUUAUCCUAGCGGAUCGUGCAGUUACCGAUUGCGAGCGACCAUCAAAGAGCGAUAUUGAUACGGUCAAUACUCGUUUCAAGAGGACCGAUUCUCUCUUCGUUCACCCUAUGUUGCCAGGAUAUGAGGGUUUUGUACCAGGAUCGAACAUUAGACUCGGACAAAGAUACGCGGUGCACGCGACCGAAGGUCUCGCCGACUUCGAACGACAACAAUUGCAAAAUAAGGCGGCUUUAGAUCGGCUGAGGAGGACGAUCAAUGUGCAAUGUGGACGAGCCGAGCCCCGGAAUUUGGAAGAACGUCUGCUAAUUAAGACCUCGUUUAAAUUACCUUUGCUUACUGUGCGACCUGAAUAUGCAACAAUGAAUAAUUUAUCAUCCGACGAGAAAUCUCUUAUCACCCAAUCGAAUAAAAUGAAAUUUUCAGAUAAACAAAAUCCCACGUGGUAUUCCUUCAUCCGCGAAAACGCGAAAAGAUACGCGACUCAUAUUCCUCACGGCUAUUUCGAAACAUCGAUUAUUCCAUCGUACGACGAUGCAUUAUACAGUUUCGCAAAAUGUCAAAAAGGACCAAGUGUAAAAUAUAAAAUAACGACUGAGAUCUAUCUGGAACCACCGUUACUUGUCCAAUCCACUGAAAUCUACCAUAAAAACGUCGGAAUGAUACCGAAUUAUUUUGGACAUAUUCCUGGAGCAAUGUUCAGAUGCGGUAAAACGUUCGGAGUUGAUUCAAAAGAUGUCAAGAAAUGGCUUCGAAGAGACUCCGACCUGUAAUUUAACUUUACAACAAUGCU